AUGAGCUCCAAGUUUUCCAUUCGCAGGAAGCCCCGGAAGAUUGGCGGCGAUGACGACGAGGAGAACGAUGAGGGCGCGGUGCAAGAACCUGUUGUGAAGCGUCCAAUACGCCCAAAGACGAAGCAAAAAUCUAAACCGGUUCUUUCAUUUGGCAAGACCUCAAUGACCGAUGAUGGCGAGCAAGACAGUGAAGUCGUCAUACCCAAAAAACAUGGCCUUGGCCGCAAAGCAGUGGAGCGAAAUGCCUUUGAGCGCACCUUAGAUGCGUCGGCAGCUCCACGGGUCUCCCAGGAACAAGAUCGACCAAGCUACAGCAACGAUUAUUUGAAGGAACUACGCGACUCAACACCCUCAACACCCAAGCUCAAAACGGACGAGGAAAAGGACAAAACCGUCGAUGUUGCCGCCAAGUUUGGCGAAGUGAUGCAGGUGACAGGGCAAUCAGCGAUCCCAUCAGAAGCCGAAAUUCGAGAAAAGAAGGCUCGUCGAGCACGUCUUGCAUUGGAGCACGGUGCCAAGGCAGGCGAGGAGGAUUUCAUUGCGCUGGAGGAUGAUACAAUUCGGAACGAUGACAUGGAGGACUGGGAGGCAGUUGUGCGAGUUGACAAGGAGAAACAGAAGGACACGAGGCUUGUGCGGGAUGAUGAGGACUUCGCAGAAGGGUUCGACGACUAUGUGGAGGACGGGAGGAUUUCGCUGGGCAGGAAAGCGGAGCGAGAGGCAAAACGAAAAAACCGCGAUGCGAUGCGUGAACUGAUUGAUGAUGCCGAGGCAUUGUCUGACUCUGACGACUCGGAUCUUGAGGAGAAGGCAGCUUAUGAGGCCACUCAAACCAAGGCGGCCAUGGGCAGUAGGACCGAUGGUAUCGACCGACCUCGCACUCCACCCAAGAUGACCUCGCUGCCGAAGCUAUCAAGCAGUCUUGACCGACUUCGCCUGAAUCUGGCAACAAUGGAGGCGUCUAAGAAACAGAUGAUUAGCCGCAUGGAAGAACUGAGGAAGGAAAAGGCAGACAUUGCUGUUCGCGAAGUCGAAAUCCAGACUUUGAUCAAGGAAGCCGGUGAGAACUAUGAGCGGUUGAGGAAGGAGGCCGGUAUAGAUGAGAGUGCAAAUGGUGCAUCUGCAGGUGCUUUGGAGCAGUCACGAGGGUUGGAAAGCAUCGGUGCGCCGAUGGCCACCUCAGAUUCGAGUGCUGAAGAGUCAUCAUAA